GAUGCAGUCCCCCAGACGGCUUGAAGCCCCCACUUUAACUGGCAGUUUACUUUCCAAGGAUAGAAUGUUGUUGGGGGUUACAGAAGGCAACUGGAAAUCGAGUUCCUGGAUUCUAUAGUAAGCACUGCCACCAAUGGACUGUUUCACCUUGGGCAAAUCAACCUCUCCAUGUCACAGUUUCUCCAACUGGGUGUCUCUCUUUGCGGCUGACCUCCCUCAGUAGUAUGUUCACUGGGAACAGGAACAUGAGAGCAGGAGCCAGUACUCUUCUGGCAACAGCGGCAAGACUUGGAAGCUCAUUACAGGAGAAAAUGUCCACACAUUUCCUGCCUUUGCAACACAGAGUAAACCUUAUUAUUAUGACUUGGCAUUCACACAGCUGUAACUAAAGGCCGCAAAGAAGAAAUGAGAAAAGGUGGGGAACGGAGGGGGAGAAAGGAGGAAAAGAGAAACUUAAACAAAAAUCAAAGCAAACACCACCCUGAACCGCUUCGUGACAGGCAGCUUGGAGCAUUCCCUCUAGCCUGCCAUGGCAGCCCGAAAGUUACGGUUCCAACCAUCUUCUUUUCUGACCGUUCAUUUCUGAGAAAUUCCUCUUUAAAGCAACAAAACCCUACAUUGUAGCCAAUGGGAUUAAAUCUUCAGAUCUCCUAUUCACACUGCAGGGAAGUGAACUGAGUAAAUCAAAUCUUUAGAUCCCCAUAUUGUUUUAGAAGGGAGGCAGAGCCUGCCAUGAGCUCAAGGCAUUAGUCUUGCUUGGAAAGAGAACAAGCACAGUAAUAGUGCAGAAAGAUGUCCAUUUGGUUUGCAGUGCAUGUAGCUCACCCGCACGGGUUAGGUUAGUUUAAACCAGCAAGGCACUGCCUGUGUUCCGGGCUCUUGCAGGUUGUUACUGAUUAAGGUUAAGGUGAUGCCUAGAAAGUACUAUCUUAUUUCUUUUUAAUGCAGAUUCAUCCUGCAGGGCCAGUUGGGUAAAGUUGUGCAAAUUGCCAUAAAUGCCCUGGAGGCCAAAUCUUUCCAACUAGCUUUAAUAGACUAAAGCCGUAUGGUACCUAAAUAAGUGGCCUGACUUUCAGCUGAUGAGCAUCUGCAGUUCUUGUUGAUUUGAUUGGUAAUUCUGCCUGCUCAGCAUUUCUGAGAAUAAGAACAUUUAUUUAGGCACCUCAGGUUGAACAUUUUGGCUAGAGCAGUGCUUCUCAAAAUUGGGCCACCGCUUCUUCAGGGAAAGCCCCUGGCGGUCCGGGCCAGUUUGUUUACCUGCCAUGUCCGCAGGUUCAGCUGAUCGCGCCUCCCACUGGCCGCGGUUCACCGCUCCAGGCCAAUGGGGGCUGCGGGAAGCGGCGUGGGCCGAGGGAUGUGCUGGCCACCCUGGGCUAGAGCCUUUUGGGACUGAGAACCAGCUGAGUGUGUCACAUCUUUGAUGUCCAUUGUAAGCUGGCUGGACCUUAACCAAGAGCGAAGGCUGCAUAAUAUGGUCGACGAUCCAUAGGGCCCAGAUUCUGGUAUCUGGCUUAAGCUGGUCCAGUCUCCAUGAAUAAUAAAUCAUUUGUGGAAUGUAUACAGUUUAAACACCCUUCCCUUUAACAAGUUACACCCUUCUGUGCUUUCAUCCUCUGCGUGGAGAAGUAGGUGUGUUGGAGGGUAGGAGGGCAGGUGAGGCUAAACUUAUUGUUGAGGACUAAGCUAUGGGUUAGUCAUAAUGCUGGUGCCAUUUCAGUAAUGUAUGUUUGCACAGAGGGGAAAAGAGCGAGAGAGAUGAUGAUCUUGUGGUUAGGGCACAGGACUAGAAGUCAGGAAAUGUGAUUGACUUCAAUGAUUGACUUCAAUGUCCUCUUGCAAGCAAGCCCUUCUAGGCUUUUGCUGUUGCUGCUUUCCAAAGUCUGAGAUGAAGCUUUGGGGAGUCUGUUGUUGAAGGCUGUUGUUAGCACAUGUAGUUCUAAUGCAGCACUUCCUAGUCAUGUUGAUCUUUGAUUCUGCCUGAAGACCGGCAUCCUCUUCACCUCCCAUCCCAUAGUGGCAGCCAUUUGAGACCUCACAACUCAACAAGAGGGGCACUUUCAGAAAGUGGGGACCACCUGAUGAUCCCAAGCAAGGAGUUUGUCUGUUGUCACACACUCAUCUCUGACUCCAUUGUAAUGUUUUCUUUAAGAUGUUUUCUCAGAUUUCUUGUCUGCAGCUAUUAACACAAACGUGUGCUAUGAUCUAUUCCCAUCAAGUCACACAAGAUAAGCAGGGUGAGUUUGGCCCAAUACUGGAAUGGGAAACACCCCUGGAAUGCUUAGGAGCUGUAGGAAGGUAGUGUUGGUUGCUUGGCAGGGAAUCUUCCAAGUCCACCCCAGCAUGGUGAAAAAGGGGUGCUGUACUGCUGAAGGUGCUGCCCUCCCAGUGAGGCUUAAAACAAAGGUUCUGACUAGUUGUGAUCACUUUCUCAAGAGUAGGUAUUCAGCUGUGGUGUCGUGGGUUAAUUCUAAGUGUGGUAGCUCCUUUGUACUGUACUGAAUUAUUGUUCUGGUUUCAAAUGGAUAAGAUCUUUUCCACUUCUGUCCCUAAACUAUUGUCAUGUUGCCGUGCAUUGUUAAAUAGUAAGUGCAUUUUGGCAGUAGAUGAAAUAAUCCCUGUAUAUGGUUUAUAUAUUAGUUUAAAUUUGCAAAAUGCUUUGAGAUUAAAGGGAUUAUAGAAAUAGGGAAAAUCCACCAGCGAUAUUACAUUGUUACUGCAGUUUUUGCUGACAUGGAUGUAGUUGACCAACCACAUGAUCUUCACGACAGCCCACAAGCAAGUCUUGUGUCCAUAACAGGAGAGGUCAGAACCAGUGAGGCCAAUAGUUCAUUCACUGGCAGGAGAAAAUAGUUCCCAGCUCUAGAGAAUUCAGCCUUUGCCAACAUGCACACAAGCUGGUAAAUUGUGGUUCAAUUUCAUGGGAGAAAAGCUUUGACCUUGUCAGCCAAGGUUGAAAAAUCUGAAGCCCUAUCCUUCAGAUUAUAAAAUAGAAUUGAUUGGGUACCCAAAUAGUCAAGAUAGCCUGCAGUCUAGUUUGUCCACUUAUUGGAGCUAGGUUUCCCAGCAGCAGUAAAGAUGCCCCAGUCCUGCCCUAAUCACCUCAUAUUUAACUAAUGUGUGACAAGUUCAUGGGAAGGCAUUGAACCCCCUGAAAUAUCAAUCAAGAGUCUGAAAUUGAUAAUCGAGACCACUGAGUUGGGAACUUCUAUAAAACUCUUAAGAAUCCUCUACCCUUCUCUAGCACAUCUCAUUUGAGAAUUGUAAAUGAAUGAAGCGCCUUGAUAGGUCAUUAUUAUUACUCCUGUUUUACAGAUGGGAGAAACUGAGGCACAGGGAUUGUGACUUGCCUACUGAAAGGACAAGCUGUAUUAAAAAUAAAUCUGCAACUAACAAGUGGGGUCUCUGACGUUCUGUAGUUACUGUUGCUUGGGUCUCAGCUCUGUAGUAGACUGAGUAAUUAGAACAGCUGUUUUCAAGGACAGCUGACAGAAUGAGAUGUACCAUGUUUGAGUGUCUGUGUCCAGGUCUAUGAAAGCCCAGUAAAUAGCCACUUCAGGAAAUACAGGUUUUCUGCCAAUAGCCUUGUAUUUCUCAGUGCCAGAUGCCUCAUCACAAUAUCGGGAACACAUUCUCUAGCUGCUUUCCAUUACACCUGGGUCCUUAUUUGCACAGCGCUGUCCAGAACUCAGAAACUGAAUGAAUCCAUCCUAGCUGUAGGGACCUGGAAAAUCCAGGAAGUUGAAGCACCUAAUUCUGAUCCCUUGAAAGAAGCAAUUUAAAUGAUGGGUGAAGUGUGAAGCUUAUGAAAUGGAUGGUGUGGGAGGAAUGACUGUACUAGUUUGUAUCAAGUAAGGGCAUGGGCAGGCACUGCACUUCCCUGGCAACUCUGCCAAGACACCUCAAUUUUGACUACCAGCUCCCCUGGCUAUUCCAGUCCUGGGACUGUCCUGAGCAGACUCUCAGUUGUGGUGCGUUUGUGUUGUGGACUAAAAUCCAUUGUUUUAUCACUUUUUUUGUUUUUCUCCCACUUGCUUGGAUUUAAGUCUCUGCUUCUAAGGUGAAUGACUAGUGCACUAACCCACUGUAUGUUUGGCCUCCAGCAAAGGCCUUUCUAUAGAUCUGUCAUGUUUGAUACAGGCUAAGAGGCCUCUGUGCUACGUGACAGCUGUAACGUAAACCAUGUCUCUGCCUUUCUACUUCCAGACACAUGUUUCGUAUUGCUUAUUUUUCCUCCUCCGCUGCUGGAUAAGCCCCUAGUCAUAACCCUUUAGGAUUUUCACUGCAAGGAAAAUUUGGCCUGUUUUUUUCUCUCUCCUAUUUUUCUCCUUGUUUUUCUCUCUCCCACUUUUUUCCUUGUUUUUCUUUUCUUUUUCUUUCUUUUUUUUUGUUUGUUCUUUCUGUUUGGAAGCCAUCUGAACUGUAAUGUUUAAAAACAAAUGUAAACCACAGACCUUUCAAGGAACCGCUAAUGAGUCUCUGGAAUUCAAACUAGUUAGGAGAUGAGGAGGGCCCAGUAAUUACAGUACUAUUACACAAGCAGUUCUGCAGUUUUCUUUGCGUGACAGGCGAGUGGUACGAUGCACCAUCCUUUCCAAAUAAGCAGGAUCCAACGGGAAAUGGAAGGAGAGGCUGAAAGUACUUGAUCCUUCACAUUCCUCUAUCUGCGCUACAUGUGGGGAGAACUGGCUUUCUGUCUCUCUCUCUCUCUCUCUGCUUGUUUGUAAACAGCUGAACUUUGAGCUUCCUCUGGAGAACACACCAUUUGUCAGCUCAAUGCAAAGGGUUACGAAAUCUUCCAAACAGCAUUGAGAAAUAAUUGGCUUCAGAUGGAGAAAACAGAGGGGCUCAUGGGGUUACAUCUUUGGCAGUGAGAAAUGAUGUCGCCAUGCUGCCAUAGCAAAGUACUUUGGAGAUGUCACUCCCCCUUGUAACAAGUGCUGUGAUUACUGCAAGAACCCAGGAGCAGUGAAAAAGCAGCUGGAUUCCCUGGAGCUGAGCACCAACAACUGGAGCAGAACCUGCAUUGGACCCACAGGUUCCUCUCGGGAUGCCUAUGACCCAGAGCUAUACGAAGGAGGGAGGAGAGGCUCUGGAGGCUUUAGCAGGUAUGACGAAGGAAACCGUGGGAGCGGGGACGAAGCCAAUGAGGAAAAUCGGAAACGGGAGUGGUACAACUUCUACAAAAAGCAGAUGAAUCUGCGUAAAGGCAAAGAACCAGAAAAAGAUGACUUUGUCCCUCCAGAUGCAGGCUGCCCCCUGAAAGACCCCGCCAGCCAGAAAAUCUCCAAACUCACGGUCAAGGCCCGAGAACACUGCUUGAAGAUGUUGGUAGAAGCUCUGAGCAGCAACCAGAAGGCAGCCCCGACAGGACAUGGGUCAGACCCUCACGCCUGUGCCGUGGAGAUGGAGUAUGAGGCUUUCAGAACCAGUAAAAUGUCCAACUUGUACAAGGCAACUGUACUAAAGAAGGUAGCGGAGAUCAACAAAGCCUCGAAAGAAGGGGAGCUGUAUCCAGCAUGUGGGUCAGGAGCUGGUGGCGGCAGCAGCCCCAGGACGAAGUCUGAACCCUCAGCUGAAGAUGACUUUCUCCCUGCAUCCCAAAUCUAUUCGUUUAAACCCAAGCGGAUAGGAGCUGGGUUUCGAAAGAGUUCCAGCUUGUUCCAGACUGCUGCCGAACUGCUGAAGACAGAGGAGGAGAGUGAUGCGACGCCUGUGGAGAGGGAAGCGGAUAGUCCAAACUGGCAAGGUGACGGCGAAUGUGAUUCAGAAAAGGUCAGGGUCUCUGUCGUCAAGAGCAAAGAAAGGGUGACCAAAGCAGUACACGAAAGUGCUGUGGAAGCAAUACAGGCCCAUGACAAGAAGGGACAGCAACCCAGUCCAGAUGCAGAUGCCGCCCUGUCAGAUAGCCCUACCAAGAAGGUAAAGCUCACCAAGAAGCAACAGCUGCUAGCAGAAGCAGCCAGAAAAGAAUCCCAGAACAUUUCCAAAUUCUUCUCUCUCACCAAAGCCGGGCUUAAAACCUCAGGAUGUGUCUCGGCAGAGGAAGACGAUUGUCCUGUGAGUGAGCUCUCUCAGUCUCUUUCUCAAAGAGUAUGUCAAGAGAAAGAGGAACCUCAGGAAAAUGAAGGUGUCUCAGGAGGCGCUUCGGCUGAGCAACCCCAGAUGGAGGACCAUGAGUCAAGGAAGAUGGAGGAAGCACUGACUGAGAGAAGUCAGGACUUGAAGUCGAAACACGACCCUGGAUCUGAAGCCACACAAGCAGGAUUAGAUGGUCAGAUAAAACCAAGCUGUGACGAAGCUGGUAUAGAAAUCGAAACCACCUGCGCUGGGGAACGGCAAGGCAGGAAGAGGCCAGGAUCAGAUGAGGAUCUGGAGAGCCCUGCAUCGAAGAGGUUGCAGGCGACAGCGUCUUCCAUCCUGUCGCAACCAGAGGGCAAAGGCAUGGGCCCAGUGAAGAAGAAGGUGACUUUUGAUCCGAGUUUGUCACAGGUUGAUAAAGAAGGAACUACCAAGACCAUCCAGCCAGCGACCAAAGGCGUGUCCCUUAAAGAGACAGCAGAUAUUGUCGUCAAAUACUUGACCCCUUUCUACAAGGGUGGUAAAUUUGCUUCCAAGGAACUGUUCAAGGGAUUUGCCCGACACCUCUCCCACUUACUGACUGAGGAAAAGAAUCCCGUCCGCAAGGCUGUGAAAGAAGAAGCACAGAGACUCAUCAAGGAGUUUUUCAAAACCCGAGUCAGGUGUGAAAAUGAGACAGACUGGCAAGCGCUGCCCAGCUCGGAAAGAUGAUAUCGGUUCUCCAGCUAUGUCCAUUCCCUGCUGCAGUCGGUGGAAUUGAAGGCUCACGGAGACACGGGGGAGUUUUCCAUUCAUGUUACUGCUUGUUCUCCAUGGCAUCUGUGCCACGGGUGUGGCCUUGAGAACAUCUCUAGGGAGGUGAUCCCUGGGAAUUUGUCUCCGGAGCUCCUCUGGUGCCUAAGGGACGAUGAAGUCCUUCAACAGCCCUUGCUAAGAGGUCUGGUGUCUGCCAAUGCUGCAUAGCUCUGUGGCCUCUCUCAGCCGUGCUGCGAUGCAUCCCGCUGCUGCUGCCGGCUGAGAAUUGCAGACUCUGAUUCCAAGUUGGGUAUGAAUCCUGCUGCUCCCCACAAGUGUCUCUGAUCCUCCCCACCCACCCCUCCUUGCCCUCCUCCCUUGCCUUUUUAUUUAAAUGUUACCAAUAGAAGCCUUAUGCUGAAAACACAUUCAAAUGCCCACGCUUCGCUCAGGGUUUGUUGAUGGGAGCUGACGGUUAAGUUCCUAGAGGGGACAUUUAUUUUGAAAAAAUGUUUCGGUUUAGACGAUGGGACGUGCAGCGUCUCCUUUCCCAAAGCUGGGGACCCCCUGCAGGCUUUUUUUUUAAAACCACCUUGAAUUUUGGUUUUACUCGGGCCAGCUGUGUGUGCUGUUUAACCGGCGUGGGCAAUAGCGCCGUAGCCUGGACAGACUGGCAGCUCUCUCACACACACCCCCACCCUUGGUUGUGCAUUAUAAGGGGGCAACACCAAAGUUGAUGCACUUCCCUAGUAUUUGCUUAUAGCCCCUGGAAGCCAUAUCCCCUCACUGUGCCUAAACCAGGGACUUAGGACAGAGGAUGCUGCUGCUGGUACAGCCAAUUACCCACCCGCUGCUGUGGCACUUGUAGACCCAGUAGCUGUGGUGCAUCUGCUGCUAUAUUUAUGCGAGGGCCUGAACUGGUGGGAGUCGGUGAGUCGUAACAUGAACCUACUGUGCCCAGGAUUGUCUUUCACAUGUAGUUUUUGGGGGGCUCUGCCGUUGCUCUAUGCCUAGGGAAGAGAUUGGCCUGGCUGGCAUUAAUGCUGCUGGAUCAACCUGCAAUCUUAGAAGCCAGGAAUGGAACAGGCUUCUGAAUAGCUUGUGCUCGGGGAAACUGGGCUUUUAUAUGUUCCCGAAGGGUGCAUGGUAAACUGACAAUAAACUGAACGUCACCGUUG